AUGCCUUCCUCACACCCAGAGCCAUCCCAGCCCGUCCGCCUCGCCAAGGGCAGCUCGCUGACCGUAUCCGGCGGCCAGACAGAGGGCAUGCAGCGCGCCAACGCCAUCGCCGGCGUCUGCGACGGUAUCUGCGCCAGCCGCAUGGUGGCUGCCCCUCACACGGCGUCUGCGGUCCACCACCAUGGCGCCCAGGACACGGUCGUCUUCUGCGCGGCCGGCUCUGGCGGCGCCAUCGUGUCCGAGGGCGGCCGGCGGAGGGCCGGCCUCGAGCCCGGCGACUUCUGCCUCAUCCCUGCUUACAUGGAGCACCAGGAGGUCAACGACGGCGACGAUGAGCUGGUGCUUUGUGUGGUGAGGAGUGGGAGGUCGCCGUGUGUGGUUAAUCUGGAUGGGUGGGAUGGUGAUGUGGUUGAGUGA